UUAGCCGGGCAUUUUUGAGAGCCGGACGCGCAGCGUGUUACAUGACCUGAGAUGUUCAAUGUGAAGAGUCGUGAAUAUGGCAUCUUCAGCGGUGCGAAGGAUUUUAGCUGAUAUUACGCGGUUUUCUGGAAGACCUGGAACAUCUAGUGUGUGGAGUUUGAGACCAUGCACAGUUCGAGCACUGUCUGUCACUUCACAUUGCUGCACAAAAUCCCUAAAAUCUCCAGGUGGAAAUGAGGACGACCUGUCCAAACCCAUCAAGUUCUCCACAAGUAAAGGCAGCCAUCGGACUUGGAAGGUGGAACGCUCAAUGGGCAGCACACACCAGCGGCCUUGGUGGCAGGUUUUGCCAUUCAGCGUAUUGGGAGUCUCCUUCCUUCUCUGGUGCUUUUUCCGUAAGGAGUCAGAGAUUGACCAAGCUCUCGAAAAGCAGCUGUUUGAAUAUUUACCUGGGUUACUGACAUUCAUGGAGGAGGAAGAGGAGAAAGAGGAGCAAACAGAGGCACUCAAAGAACCCGGGCAAAGGACUAAAUGAAGUCUAUACCUUCAAUAUUUAAAUGUCAUUACUGCAUUGUUUGAAUCCUUUGAGGAGGGAAAAAAAAAAAGAAAGACAGGACUAGUUUGUGAUGUAAAUGAGUUGUGCAGACACUAUUAAAGAUGGUCUUGAUAAUCUUUAUUUGAUGACACUGAAAGUUCAAUAAUUAUUUGGUGUAAGGAAUCUGCUUAUGGCCACGAUUAGCUUUGUGACCCUGACACAAUUGAAGUGUAUGAAUGUCAUGUUAAGUUUGAAAAAUAUAAAGAAUUGUUUACAUA